AUGGCAGCUUCUUCCAAACCGACAGAUCAAAGUUCGCAUGACGCACUUCCGGAUCACCAGGACUUUGACACGAUGAUAUCUGAUGCGAAGUUCACUGCUGAUACCAGAACCGACCUUUACGACCGCAGUCUGACGAGUCGGAGAUAUGCCCUUGUCGGAGUGGCAUGCUCAAGUAUCUUCAGCUGCUUAUGCACCGUUGCAGGCAUUGUUACUUUAGCCAAUCAAGGAAUCCUCGGAGUAACCACGAUCAUCAUGGUUCCUUCUAGUGAUACUCAAUCGUCCCUCCAGGCGGAGACAUUGUCUCUGGCACUUAACUUUAUUGUCACGUUAUGCACCGAAUCCAUAGGCUUCGUACACGGCAUCUCAUUGCACUCUGCGCUAGCCUCAGAGUCUCGGCUUCGUUUCAACGCCAAUCUACGCCUUCUGACUGCAGCUCGUGGAUGGUAUAACCCUAACGGCGCUAUGUUUAACGGUAUCUCGGCCGUCCUCCUCAUUAUAUCCUACUGCUCAGCCUCACUCGUCAUAUGCAUCGAUGCUUCCCUAAGACAUUGUAGUUUUGCCAUCGCAGGGAUACCUGUCCUCGUUCUGGGCGUCUCACUCCUCCUCCAGGUGGUGAUCGCAUUGUCAGGGAUGCAUGCUGUCAAAAUAUUGACGUGGAGCUCCUCACCUUUCGACUUGACUGCCACACUGGUCCACCACAUGCAAUUGACCCCUGCUACUCUGCGGUGCAUGCGUCGUGUGUCUGACCUAGACACGUAUGGAGGUCCAGCGAAGCCAUCAGAGAUACAGCCUUCUGCGUGGCAUGCUCACCCUAGCAUCCGGAAAGUUGUCAUUUUUCUUUGGGUGAUCGUUGCAGCAUGCGCUGGAUGGGCCGCACUCGUCAUGUAUAUCUGGGACAGGUUUCAGCAUUCCGACACGGAUGUAGUGUUCGGGUCCGGCAGCGCUCUCACCCAACACACGUGGUCGUUCUUCCCCAACGAAAAAUCCACUUACAUCUGGUAUAAGUCGUCGGGUCGUAUGCUGUUCUCAUGGGUCAACAUGGCCCUUAUCCAGGGGCCAUUGACACUUGGGCUGCAUUGCUCAGAGCUCAUCGCAAAUGUCAUUCGAGAUGAAAGACAGUGGAGACGCGCUACCGGAAGAGAAGGACUUAGAAUAUUGACGAACCCGGUGAAGACGAUUUUCACUCAUCCAAUUUGUCUCAUACUUUUCGUCGCGAAGCCUUUCCUGCACUGGAUGUUUGGGCUUGCAUUCAACUUAAGUGACAACGCCAUAGAGGGGUCACUGGACUCAUUGAAGGUAAACAUGUUCGCUGCCCAGAUCUGGAACUUAUGCAUAGCGCUGUUCAUAUUUGCCUGCUUCUUCACUUUCGUCGCACUACGCCGACCGCGCGGUCCCCAGCCAGCUGCAUACGGCCACCUCCAGACGCUCGCAAACCUCGUGGACGAGUGGUCGCCUGUGAUGUGGUGGGGACACAAAGAGGACGGAAUUCCGUACUGUCAUGCUGGGACGAGCGAUCAUCCGCUGCCGGAUGUAAAGAUGGACUACGUUUAUGCUGGUUCUGGUUCUGGGUCUCUGGUCGUGAGAGAGCUAUGCCGAUGCGCCGUCACGGCCGUUGAAAUCGUCUCACAGAUUAAACCUGUGAAAACAAGUUUUACCCCCGAUUAA